CUGUUUGUUAAGCUCUAUUAUGAGUUUAAAAGUAAAGAAAUACACAAAAAUGCAUUUUUCCAGUGUAUGAUCCAGUGUAAUGAUAUGAUCCAGUGUAAUGACGCCAAGGCGCGAAACUUUAUAAGAUUAUUCAACUACAUAAUGAAAAUCAUGUUAAAACCACGAGAAGUUAAACUUGAAUCCUAACUUCAUUAGUAUUUUCUCUAAUAGCAUAAUUUUUAAUUUUGUAAAUAUGCAUUAAAGAUGACCUUUAAGCGAAAAUCUAAAAGGAAAGGGAGAAAAAAUGUUAAUUAUACUGAUAUGAGCUCCAAUUGUGAAAGUGAUGAUGAUUUUGAAGUUGAUUUUGAACCACAAACAAAGAAGGCGAAGCAUAAAGAGAAGGAAAUGAACAAAGAGAAGAAAGGCGAGAGAAGGCCUUCCGUUCGUGAAAAGUUGUACCAAAGAGAUAUAGAAAAAGCAAUUGAAAUGUCACUAAUAAAUACACCUUAUGACAGAAAGGAUAAUGAUGUUGGACAAAAUGAAAGCAGUCAUAUCAAAAUAAAUAGUGAAGGUAUCGAUGAUGAUGCACGUGACACCUGCGAUAAGAGUAGUGCUAAAGUGAACAAGAUUCAUGACAAUGAUGUCGAAAGUGAUUCCAAUGAAGAGAAAAUUGUGAACCUGAAGAACGGCUAGAAAAUGUCUGGUGGGACUCAUAUGUUUUCCGAGUCAUCCGACUACAAAUGCACCC